AUGAGAUUGGUGCAGUUCCAUCGUCGUGGAAAAGAGGGAGUGGCCAACACGCGGGUUGGGGUGGAGCAGCAAGAGGGAGGGGGCGUGGUCGACCUCAAUGCCUUUGACCCCUCCCUGCCCUCUACAAUGAGGGGGUUCCUGGAGACUGGAGAGAGAGGCAUGGAGACGGCCAGGAGGGCAGUGGCCAGCGGUCAGUGUGUGGUGCCCCGGGCAGAUCUCACCCUGCUGGCUCCCAUCACGGCCCCAGACAAGGUGGUGUGCGUGGGCAUGAACUACAGAGACCACUGCCUGGAGCAGCGGGCGCCCGUGCCCACCGAGCCCAUCAUCUUCAGCAAGUUCCCCAGCGCCAUCGUGGGGCCCUACGACAACGUCACGCACCCAGCCGAGAGCCAGGAGGUGGACUGGGAGGUGGAGCUGGCCUUUGUGAUUGGCAGGACAGGGAAGCACAUUAAGGUGGGUGGCUGGCUGGUCAGAUUACAACAAAUUGCUGCUUGUCAGGGCUUUUACCCAAAGCAAUUAUGGAUCAGCGCUCAUGGACACUCACAAGGGGACAGUCACCGAUGCACACGGAGAGUGGCAACAUCCAUCACGGCUCGCAGCACACCAAUUGUUUUCCUGGGAAGGGGGGUGAUUCGCAGCAGUUCUGAUCGGCCGCGUUGUUUUCCAGAUCCGCACAACCUGGGCAUCCGGUGCCGGGUCAACAGCAGUGUGGUCCAGGACAGCAACACCAAUCAGAUGAUCUUCAAGACCCAGGCGCUGGUGGCCUGGGUGUCGCAGUUCGUGACCUUAUUCCCGGGGGAUGUGUUCCUGACGGGGACGCCUCCCGGCGUGGGGGUGUUCCGGAAACCCCCCGUUUUCCUCAAGAAGGGAGAUGUCGUGGAGUGCGAGAUCGACGAGAUCGGGCUCAUUCGCAACACGGUGGUCUGACCCGCGCCGGGAGGAGCCUGGUGGUGGUGGGGUGUGGUAUUCGUCGGCCAGCAGGAACGAGGGGGGAGGCCGCGGCCACAACGGGGUCAACGCGGAUCACCCAGCGCUCACCAGCUGCACCAGACAGAGACACCGUCUCCCCACGUCCACCACGCCCACAGCCGGCCCCAGCACCUGACCGCCGGCUUCCACCGUGCAGUGGGAGCACAGCUGUGGAAGCUCAAAGAGGCGCGAGUCAGUCAGCGGGUCUCCGCUGGGGGAGUGGCAGCCGAGUGGAGAUCGUGGGUCUGUCCCUUUAACUGCGAUCAGAGCACACUGGGCCAGGGGGGAGACAUCUCCACUCUUCACAAGGGCUUCCAGUCCACAAGAUCCACUUUGGGUUUUCACAGCAACUGAGCUCUUAAUUGGUUAAUUGACAGUUUGCAUGUCUCACCCUUUAGAAUUGAUUCUAGCUGGUAAGAAGUGCCAGAUUGCUGAAAUUAUGGAUAUGAAUUAUGCAAAUUAGAGUGAUUAAAUACCAGACGACUGGGAACAGAGAGAGAGAAAGAGAGAGAGAGAGAGAGAGACCCCCCCUUGUGCCCUUUCUGUUGGCUGUGAUCUUCACUGCAGUGAAUGAUUGCCAAUACCACACAGGAAAAUUAAAUAAACCGGGGGAUUACAGCCAUGUGGUGUCACGCCUCCUUCUCUGGACAGUGACCAGCGCCCCGACUGUCGGCAUGCGGACCCAGCAGUGCAGGUUUCAGAGGGCUGGAGUCACCGCCCAGCCUCACCCCGGCCACGUGAGGCGAAGUGGCUGCAGUCCAGGUUCUUUUCAGGCCACGCUGUGAUAAGUGUAACCCAUGGAGCACACAGAGAUACAACCACAGGGAAAAUGGUCCUACAACAGGGGAUCUAACAUCGGCUAAUCUCUGGGGGUCUCCACCCCUGGUCGCCAUGGCUCACCUGUUUAUAUUAAAGAUGGGCAGUUUGUACACCUGUAAUUAACCUGUAAUAAUUAAUUUGUUCAAUUAAGUAAACUGUGGUCCUUGAGGACUGAAGAACUCUUGCAUGUUAGUA